AUGAAUGUUGAACUUGAGGAAAGAGAUGUUGUCGCCAUCCAUAGAAUUCCAUCUGACAAAUUAGGACCAAAACCUCUUAUUGUGAGACUAUUUAGUAGUGAUGUCAAACGAAGAGUGAUGCGAGAAAAGAAGUAUUUACAAGACCAUGAUGGUUCCACUGCACUACACAUUGCUGCAAGUAAAGGAAAUACAGAAAUUGUUCAAUUACUUAUUGAUAACGGAAUCGAGAUCAAUGCUCAGAACAAGGAUGGUUCCACUGCACUACACAGUGCUGCAAGUACAGGAAAUACAGAAAUGGUCCAAUUGCUUAUUGAUAAUGGAAUCGAGAUCAAUUUUCAGAACAAGGAUGGUUCGACUAUACUGUUUGACGCUACAUUAAAAGGAAAGACAGACAUCGUCCACUGGCUUAUUGACAAGGGUAUUGAUAUUAAUGUAAUGGACACGGAUGGUUCCACUGCACUACACAUUGCUGCAAGUAAAGGAAAUACAGAAAUUGUUCAAUUACUUAUUGAUAACGGAAUCGAGAUCAAUGCUCAGAACAAGGACGGUUCCACUGCACUACACAGUGCUGCAAGUACAGGAAAUACAGAAAUGGUCCAAUUGCUUAUUGAUAAUGGAAUCGAGAUCAAUUUUCAGAACAAGGAUGGUUCGACUAUACUGUUUGAUGCUACAUUAAAAGGAAAGACAGACAUCGUCCACUGGCUUAUUGACAAUGGUAUUGAUAUUAAUGUAAUGGACACGGUUGACAAUGCUGUAAUUGUACGAAGUAUGCUAGAAUGA